AUGACCAAAAUAACAUCCUACCCGCGCACUCUCCGCCGAGUGCUGGUGCGCCACCGUAUAAUCCGCUCUCUCCUCAUCGUAUUCAUCGCAUGGAACCUAAUCGAACUCAACCUGAUCCUGCGCCGCAUCUCCGAAUCAGAUAUCAGCUACCGCGAGCGACCCCGCCGACAAGAGCGAAUCUAUAUUGCAAGCGUGAAUUGGAACAAUGAAAUUAUCCUCCGCAGCCACUGGAGCCAGGCUGUCCUCGAUCUCGCUUGGAAUCUCGGUCCAGAGAACGUAUAUAUCAGCAUCUAUGAGAGCGGCAGCUACGAUAAUACAAAGGGUGCAUUGAUGGACCUCGACGUGGAGUUGGAUCGCCUUCGCGUACCCCGAAAUAUCACUUUAUCGCAUGUCACUCAUGACGAUGAGAUUAAUGCGCCUCCUGGUGAUGAGGGCUGGAUUGUCACGCCGCAAGGGAGGACGGAGCUCAGGCGUAUCCCGUAUCUGUCUCGGAUACGGAAUUUGAGUCUGGAACCGCUGUACGAGUUGGCAAAGCAAGGUAUCACAUUUGACAAGAUUCUUUUCCUCAAUGACGUUGUUUUUACGCCAAACGAUAUCUUCGAGUUAUUAGACACGAACCACGGCAACUAUGCCGCAGCUUGUUCAAUGGACUUUUCCAAACCACCUCACUAUUAUGACACCUUCGCUCUACGCGACGCCAGCGGACACGAGGCCAUCAUGUCAACGUGGCCAUUCUUCCGCGACUCUGUCUCCAGACACGCUAUGAAAAGCAUGUCCCCAGUCCCAGUAAAAAGCUGCUGGAACGGAAUGGUCGCCAUGCCGGCCGCUCCGUUCAUGAGCAAGUCUCCUCUUCGAUUCCGAGGAAUCCCAGACUCCCUCGCAGCCUCUCAUCUCGAAGGCUCCGAAUGCUGUCUUAUCCACGCCGACAAUCCGCUGACUGCCCAACACGGCGUCUAUGUUAAUCCUCUGGUGCGGGUCGGAUACAGCGGGCCGGCCUAUGUGGCUGUGAACCCGGCUAUAAAUUGGCUAUCUUCGAGGACCAUUCUACAGGGGCUGUGGACGAAUCGGUUUCGUCGGUGGACUAGUUCUCCUUGGUUUAAGGAGAAAUCUGUUUCCAACCGUGUUGCUCAAUGGACUGCUUUGUCUGACGAAAACAGGGAGCCUGGUCAGUUCUGCAUUAUCAAUGAGAUGCAGAUUCUCCAUCCUUGGGGGUGGGAUCAUGUAUAG